AUGGUUGAUGUUCAAGAACAACAUGUUGAUGAGAUUCAAGAACAAGUCAUGGAAGAUGUCAUUGAUGAACAAGUUCAAAACUUCAUGAUGAUUGGUGAGUCUUCUGAACCUUUUGAUGUUAACAAUGUUCUUCGAAGAGUAGCUGUUAUUCAAAGAAAAAGAAAAGCUAGAGAAGUGUUGUUAUUGGAAUGGAAGAUGAAGCAGUUUGUUCUUGUUGGAGAUGCUCGCUUAGUGCCUUAUAGUGUUAAGGAAAUUGCUCGUCAAAUGAAAAUAAAAGAAAGGCGAAGAAAGGCAAGGAUAGCACGUGGAGAGAUCGUCGAUGAUGAUUCGGAUAUAGAGUUAUUUGGAGAUGAUGAAGAAGAAGAUGAAGAUGAUAAUGAUGAUAAGAAAGAUGACAAACCUGAUGAUAAAGAAGAUUAG